AUGGCAGCGGACAAGGACCCCAUCACCUGUCACAUCCUCGACACCACUGCCGGCAAGCCCGCGAAGGGCGUCCGUGUAAAGCUCGAGGGUGGCCACGCGCCUCUCAAGACAUUCGAGUCCCAGACCGACGACGACGGCCGUAUCAAGUCGUGGCUGCCGUACAGCAGCGAGCACGAGGCUGGCGAUGUGCCCAUCUACACACUGGAGGAGGUCCUGGGCGAGGUCGACACCACGUCUACCUGGACCCUGCGCUUCUACACCGAGGCAUACUUUGGAGAGGGCAAUACUUUCUUCCCCGAAGUCGUCGUCACCUUCAGGGUCGCCAAGGGCCAGCAUUACCACGUCCCGUUGCUGCUGUCACCGUACAGCUACACCACAUACAGGGGAAGCUAG